AUCACGUGUCGCCGCAUGCGUAUAUGUACAAUAAAAGCACGAGGAAAUAUUUUACUAACCCAAAUUGAUCUUUCACUUCGCAUAUUUCUGCUAGAGAAGAACAAUGUCAGCACAUAAAACAUUUAUCAUCAAGCGAAAGCUUGCGAAAAAGUUGAAGCAAAACAGACCGAUUCCGCAAUGGGUGAGAAUGCGUACUGGUAAUACUAUCCGAUACAAUGCUAAGAGGCGUCACUGGAGGAGAACUAAAUUGAAAUUGUAAAACCAUAUGAUGGAAAUAUACAUAAUAUUAUUAUUAUAAUAAUAUAAUGUAUGACAAUGUAUGAAAAAUAAAGAUAAAUUUAAGGAUAA